CGUCCUUUUCGGUAUCAAAACAAAAAAAGCCGAAAAAGCGAGGCGCGAAUUUCUGUUGAUUUAAUUCCCCGAUAAAGAGCAGAAAUCCCUCGUACCAUUAUGUUUUAUCACAUAUCGCUGGAGCACGAAAUCCUGCUGCAUCCGCGUUAUUUUGGUCCCCAGCUUAUCGAAACGGUCAAGCAGAAACUGUACACCGAGGUCGAGGGCACCUGCACGGGAAAGUAUGGGUUCGUGAUUGCCGUAACAACGAUCGACGAUAUCGGCUCGGGCACGAUUCAACCCGGUCAAGGAUUCGUGGUGUACCCGGUCAAGUACAAGGCGAUCGUGUUUCGGCCGUUCAAAGGCGAGGUGCUGGAUGCCACCGUGAAGCAGGUGAACAAGGUGGGCAUGUUCGCCGAGAUCGGACCACUGUCCUGCUUUAUUUCGCACCAUUCCAUCCCGGCCGACAUGCAGUUCUGCCCAAACGGCGCCCCGCCUUGCUAUCGUGCCAUGAACGGUGAGAGUGUGAUAGCGGCGGAGGAUAAGAUCCGGCUCAAGAUCGUCGGUACUCGGGUGGAUGCGACCGGUAUCUUCGCGAUCGGAACGUUGAUGGACGAUUACCUGGGACUGGUAGGAAGCUAGUAGAGCGGACAGCGGUCGGGUGAAAUGGUUAAUUAAGCAUUUUCUACUUUAUGUAUCGCAUUAAUCAGAAAUAUAAGCAAACAAGCGUGGCAGACCGACUCGAGGA